AUGGCAAUGACGACAGCCCACGCCUCGUGGCCGACAGCCGUGUGGUCCCAAACUCUAUCAAGCAAAACACACUUUCCCAUCCUCGGCUCCGACUCGACACUUUACCUGCCGCGCAUUCUAUGCCUCCAUGGCGGCGGCUCCAACGCACGAAUCUUCCGCGCACAGUGCCGCGCUUUGCGUUCCCAGCUGACGCCGACCUUUCGCCUCGUGUUCGCCGACGCCCCCUUUUUCAGUGACCCCGGUCCUGAUGUGGAAUCUGUGUACGCCAGCUGGGGGCCGUUCCGGAGCUGGCUUACGCCGCAGGUGCCGUUUGAGCAGCAGCACGGGUUCGACGCCGAGAGGGUGGAUGCAAGCAUUCGGGACGCCAUUGCUCAGGACGACGGGCUUGGGGCCAUGGGGCCGGUGGUGGGCGUGUUGGGGUUCAGCCAGGGCGCGCGUAUGGCGGCGAGCCUGCUGUUCAGACAGCAGAUGCAUGGGAGCCAAGGGCUUACCUUUGGGGACGCGAGGAUCGAGUUCCGCUUUGCUGUUCUGCUUGCUGGGCGCGGGCCGCUGCUAUUCCCGUGGCCGAGUCCUGGGUACGUCGACACGCGCGAGGCACUGCUGCACCUCCCGACCGUCCACGUCCACGGACUCGGUGACGUGGGGAUCCGCAUGCACAGAGAGCUUCUCCGUAGAUGCUGCGAGAAGGGCACGGCCAGGCUGGUGGAGUGGGAGGGUGGCCAUCGCGUGCCCAUCAAGACGCGAGAUGUCGCCGCGGUUGUGGACGAGAUGCUGCAUGCGGCCAUGUGCACAGAGAGCAUCAAAUUUUGA